UCAGCCAUCCAAAAACCUAAGUAUUUCGGCAAUACUUGUUAUGUAUUUGGAACAGAAAGUGGUCGAAUUAACAGGUUGGUGGACUUUAAUGAGGUUUAGAAAAGACAUCAAAGAUAUCAAGAAUGUUCAGGAACAAACCCUGAUGGACAUUUUAAAAACUGGGAGUCAAACCAAAUUUGGGAGGGAUCACAAUCUGAAGAACAUUGCAAAUACUGCUGAAUUCCGAGAGAAAGUUCCAUUGUCUUGUUACGACGAUUACAGACCGUAUAUUGAGGCUAUUAUGAACGGAGAAAAAAAUUUACUGUUCCAUGAACAAAUAGACUUCUUUGGGGCCACAUCCGGUACUACAUCAGGAAAAAGUAAACUGUUUCCUUUGAACGUAAAUAAAUUAAAGAUAAAUUUACUAUUUGCGAUAGCAACGAGUUUUGCGAUGAUUAGGAAACAUAUUCCUAGUUUUGGCGUUAUAAAACCAAUAGCCAACGUUCGAAUCGGCGUCCGAUUCCCUACAACAGAGACUGGAAUAGAGAAAGGCUCUAUUUCCGCGAAACUGAUGCCAUACAGGCGGUACCUAUGCUCCCCCAGCGCUGCGUAUGAUAUACUGACGGAGAAGGAGGGUCUGUAUAUCCACGCCGUCUUCACUCUGAAGGAGCCAGACGUGACCUACAUCAUGUGCCUCACCUCCUCUGUCCUCCUAUCCUUUCUGCUGCUCAUCAAACGACAAUGGAAACAGCUUGUCCGCGACAUCAGGCUUGGCCAGCUCGACCCAGACCUGAAUAUCUCGGACUCUAUGAGAAAGAAGCUCGAGAAGAGUCUCCGUCCGGACCCCAAGAGAGCCGACGAGCUCACUGGAAUCUUCCACGGAAACAGUUUCAUCAACAUCGUGCCGAGACUCUGGACGCACUGUUCUAUGGUCAGCUCAUUGGCAACCGGCACGUUCGAAUUACAGGCGAACAUCGUGAGGGCGCAGUUCGGUCAGACGGUGCCGAUAGUGACGUUCAUGCACGCCGCGACAGAAGGGCAAUACGGCAUCGUCGUGUUUGACGAGGGUAUCACGAAGGACGGCGUCACGAGGGCAGAUUUCGUGCCCAUUCCACGAGCGGCCUUCUUCGAGUUCAUCCCCCUGGAAGACGUCCAUCGAGAACAUCCCCGUACUCUACUGGCGCAUCAGGUGAUCCCUGGCUCGGACUACGAGCUGGUUGUGACGAAUAGCCGCGGACUUUACCGAUACCGAACACAAGACGUCAUUCGAAUCGUUGGUUUCCGUAACACUGCUCCUGUCUACAACGUCCGUCAAAGGACCACAGAUGUCCUCAACGUUCGAGUUGAAAAAGUUCCUGAAAGUGUCGUCACCGAGGCUGUUGUUGCUGCUGCCGCGACAUGGAACAGUGGAUGUCUCACGAAUUUCAGUGCUACGGAGAAAAUCAACUGUGACAAACUGACAGAUAAUAUCACUGGAGAAGCCAGGUAUGUGUUCUUUGUGGAGCUGGAUACCAACACACACAUGACAGAAGUCGAAAAAUCACAGAUUGAUGCGAAAUUGUAUGAGAUUUGUGACACGUACAGAGCGUUUCGCAAUAAUGGAACUAUUCAAGAACCGGAGGUAAUCCAGGUGGCGCCUGGCACGUUUGACGUCAUCAAGCAGACGGCAGUUAAUAACAACUCACUGUUAUAUAUCGACCAGUUCAAGUGGCCAAGAAUUCUUCGGAAACCAGAUUUUUGAGUAUUUUAAUUAACAACAAAAUCAAAUGACAAUUAUUAAAGCAAGUUUGUGAAGAUAUAUGACUUGUGUACUCAGGAUAUCGUGCCAGUGAAAACUAAAAUGAAAGCACGAACAUAAAUUACAAUUAGAAAUAUAUAUACAUGUAUAAACUAAAUUAAACUAAUAAUGCUGAUGUGAAAAAAUAACACUUAACUAUGCUUGUAGGCUUUGUAAUCAAUAAACAAUUAUAUGUUAUGAUCCUGCUUGUUAUUAUGGCAUAUAUUAUAUAUAGUUUUUAGGGUGUAUACUACCA